AUGCAGCACAUUUUUGCCUUCUUCUGCACCGGUUUCCUAGGCGCGGUAGUAGGUGCCAAUUUCCCCAACAAUAUCCAGAUCGGGGGAUUAUUUCCGAACCAGCAGUCGCAGGAACAUGCCGCUUUUAGAUUUGCUUUGUCGCAACUCACAGAGCCCCCGAAGCUCCUCCCCCAGAUUGAUAUUGUGAACAUCAGCGACAGCUUUGAGAUGACCUAUAGAUUCUGUUCCCAGUUCUCCAAAGGAGUCUAUGCCAUCUUUGGGUUUUAUGAACGGAGGACCGUCAACAUGCUGACCUCCUUCUGCGGGGCCCUUCAUGUCUGCUUUAUUACACCAAGCUUUCCUGUUGAUACAUCCAACCAAUUUGUUCUUCAGCUGCGCCCCGAACUGCAGGAUGCCCUCAUCAGUAUCAUCGACCAUUACAAGUGGCAGAAAUUUGUCUACAUUUAUGAUGCUGACCGGGGUUUGUCCGUCCUGCAGAAAGUCCUGGACACAGCUGCUGAGAAGAACUGGCAGGUGACAGCAGUCAACAUUUUGACAACAACAGAAGAGGGAUACCGGAUGCUCUUUCAGGAUCUGGAGAAGAAAAAGGAGAGGCUGGUGGUAGUGGACUGUGAAUCGGAACGCCUCAAUGCUAUUUUGGGCCAGAUUAUAAAGCUAGAAAAGAAUGGCAUCGGCUACCACUACAUCCUUGCAAAUCUGGGCUUCAUGGACAUUGACUUAAACAAAUUCAAGGAGAGUGGAGCAAAUGUAACAGGUUUCCAGUUGGUGAACUACACAGACACCAUCCCAGCCAAGAUCAUGCAGCAGUGGAAGAAUAGCGACUCUCGAGACCAUACCCGGGUGGACUGGAAGAGACCUAAGUACACCUCUGCGCUCACCUACGAUGGGGUGAAGGUGAUGGCUGAGGCUUUCCAGAGCUUGAGGAGGCAAAGAAUCGAUAUAUCCCGCCGGGGAAAUGCUGGAGACUGCCUGGCUAACCCAGCUGUGCCCUGGGGCCAGGGGAUCGACAUCCAGAGAGCCCUUCAGCAGGUGCGGUUUGAAGGCCUGACAGGAAACGUGCAGUUUAAUGAGAAAGGACGCCGGACCAACUAUACUCUCCAUGUGAUUGAAAUGAAGCAUGAUGGCAUCCGUAAGAUUGGUUACUGGAAUGAAGAUGACAAGUUUGUCCCUGCGGCCACUGAUGCUCAAGCCAGGGGAGAUAAUUCAAGUGUCCAGAAUAGGACAUACAUCGUCACUACAAUCCUAGAAGAUCCUUAUGUGAUGCUCAAGAAGAAUGCAAACCAGUUUGAGGGAAAUGACCGCUAUGAGGGCUAUUGUGUGGAACUGGCAGCAGAGAUUGCCAAGCAUGUGGGCUACUCCUACCGUCUUGAGAUUGUCAGUGAUGGAAAAUACGGAGCCCGUGACCCUGACACAAAGGCUUGGAAUGGCAUGGUGGGAGAGCUGGUCUAUGGAAGAGCAGAUGUGGCCGUGGCCCCUUUAACUAUCACCUUGGUCCGGGAAGAAGUGAUAGACUUCUCCAAGCCAUUUAUGAGUUUGGGGAUCUCCAUCAUGAUAAAAAAGCCACAGAAGUCCAAGCCGGGGGUUUUCUCCUUCCUCGAUCCUUUGGCUUAUGAAAUUUGGAUGUGCAUUGUGUUUGCCUACAUUGGAGUUAGUGUCGUCCUUUUCCUGGUCAGCCGCUUCAGCCCCUACGAAUGGCACAGUGAAGAGUUUGAGGAAGGGCGAGACCAGACAACCAGUGAUCAAUCCAAUGAGUUUGGAAUAUUCAACAGCUUGUGGUUCUCCCUGGGAGCCUUCAUGCAGCAAGGAUGUGACAUCUCCCCCAGGUCCCUGUCCGGCCGUAUCGUUGGUGGUGUCUGGUGGUUCUUCACUUUGAUCAUCAUCUCCUCAUACACAGCCAACCUGGCUGCCUUCUUGACCGUGGAGAGGAUGGUGUCGCCCAUCGAGAGUGCAGAGGACCUAGCGAAGCAGACAGAAAUCGCGUACGGGACACUGGAAGCAGGAUCUACUAAGGAGUUCUUCCGGAGGUCUAAAAUUGCCGUGUUUGAGAAGAUGUGGACAUAUAUGAAGUCAGCAGAACCAUCAGUGUUUGUGCGGACCACAGAGGAGGGGAUGAUCCGAGUGAGGAAAUCCAAAGGCAAAUAUGCCUACCUUCUGGAGUCCACCAUGAAUGAAUACAUUGAGCAGCGGAAACCCUGUGACACCAUGAAGGUGGGAGGUAACUUGGAUUCCAAAGGCUAUGGCAUUGCGACACCCAAGGGGUCUGCUCUGAGAAAUCCAGUAAACCUGGCAGUGUUAAAACUGAACGAGCAGGGGCUUUUGGACAAAUUGAAAAACAAAUGGUGGUACGACAAGGGCGAGUGCGGCAGCGGGGGAGGUGAUUCCAAGGACAAGACAAGCGCUCUGAGCCUCAGCAAUGUGGCGGGUGUGUUCUAUAUCCUGAUUGGAGGACUUGGACUAGCCAUGCUGGUUGCCUUAAUCGAAUUCUGCUACAAAUCCCGUAGCGAGUCCAAGAGGAUGAAGGGUUUCUGUUUGAUCCCACAGCAAUCCAUCAAUGAAGCCAUACGGACAUCGACACUCCCCCGAAACAGUGGGGCAGGAGCCAGUGGUGGUGGUGGUAGUGGAGAGAAUGGCCGAGUGGUCAGCCAUGACUUCCCCAAGUCCAUGCAAUCAAUUCCCUGCAUGAGUCACAGUUCAGGGAUGCCCUUGGGAGCCACAGGAUUAUAA